AUGGUUCGGCCUGAUCGCCAGCUCCAACCGCACAGUUCACUUCAAAGCAACAUCAUCGGAAAUGUCAACCACGCGACCGUCAUAUCGACUGUCUUCGCCCUCAUCAUCAUCAACAAGGCGGGCGGCCUGAUCUACAACCGGACCUUCCACGAGGGCGGUCUCAACAAGAUCAGCACCAACGACUACCUCGUUCUCGCGGGAACCUUUCACGGUGUCCACGCCAUCACCGCCCGCCUCAACCCUCUCAAGCCCAUCACCAACCCCAACCGCACCUCCACCACAUCCACCUUCCCCUCCUCCACCCCCAACCCCAACACAGGCACCCCCAACCCAUCCGCAACACCCAACUCCUCGGUCCCCUCGGUCCCCUCCACCAGCGGCGGCAGCUACCUCACCCGCCCCGACCCCCCAGCAGGCCUCGAAGUGCUCGAGACCGAAAACUUCCGCAUGCAAUGCUUCACCACGCUGACGGGCACCAAAUUCCUGCUGUUCACCGACACGACGCAGGCGAAUGUGGAUCUGACGAUGCGGCGGGUGUAUGAUAUGUAUGCGGACUAUGUGAUGAAGAAUCCGUUUUAUCAGUUGGAGAUGCCGGUGCGGUGUGAUAUGUUUGAGAGGAAGUUGGGGUCGUAUAUUCGGGAGAUUAAUAACAGGUAG